AUGGCAACUUCUCCAUCAAAGAAAAGUUCCGACGCCAGUCUUGAAGCGAAGAUGAGAAUAGUAUCUCAACGCGAACAGCAAGUACAGUACCUCCAGGAGCGCCAAAAUCGUAAAGAGAUUUUGGAGAACUAUCUGAAGAAUUCGACUUUAGGCGACAAGGACAAAGACAUUCUGCGACAACAACUCAACGAGAAGGAGUCUGAGUAUAUGCGCUUUAUGCGGACAAAGUUGUCAGUGAAAGAUUUUGAGACGAUCAAAAUUAUAGGACGUGGAGGGUUUGGUGAAGUCCGGUUAGUCUGUCGCAAAGGGUCGAACGAAGUGUAUGCGAUGAAAAUGAUGCGUAAGAAAGACAUGUUAGAUCGUAAGCAAGUUGAACAUGUUCGCGCAGAACGAGACAUCUUAGCGCAAACGCACUUUACGAAUGAAUGGGUUGUGAAGAUGUAUUAUUCAUUUCAAGAUGAAGAGUAUUUGUACAUAGUUAUGGAGUAUUUAGGUGGAGGAGAUAUGAUGUCCUUACUUAUUAAAGAAGACAUCUUCCCAGAAGAUAUGGCAAGGUUCUAUAUCGCCGAAUUAUUUGUUGCUUUAGACUCAAUUCAUAAGUUAAGUUAUAUCCAUCGAGAUAUUAAACCUGAUAACAUUCUGAUAGGUAAUGAUGGACAUAUUAAAUUGACUGACUUUGGAUUGUGUACGGGAUUCCAUCGUAUCGACACUUCCGUCACUCUUCGAAAUUUGAUCGAAAAGGCUCAAAAAGAACAAAUUGAAGUCGACUUGGGAGCAACAACUACUAAACAAAUGCACGACUAUAAACACCGAUCUCGUGAUUUGGUCUAUUCAGUAGUUGGUACCCCUGAUUAUACUGCACCGGAAGUCUUUGAACGUGUCGGGUAUGGCAAAGAGUGUGAUUACUGGAGUGUCGGGUGUAUUCUUUUUGAAAUGGUCUGUGGGUUUCCCCCAUUUUUAAGUGAUGAUGCCGUUCAGACCUGUUUGAAGAUAGUGAAUUACCCGGAGUCAUAUCGAUUCCCAUCUCGUCUUGAUCUGUCUGAUGAAGUUAAAGAUUUGAUUCGCCAUUUGGUAUGUCCUGUAGCUAAAAGGUUUAAUUCACUGGGACAGAUCCAAGGGCAUCCCUUUCUUA